UGUUUUCUUUUUUGCCUUCUGUUGGACUCGGCCUCCCUGUCGCCGCACCUCCGCCUUCCCGUCCAUGUCACGCUUUGUUCGCUUCUUUCCUCCAUCUCCAUCGUUUCUCCCCGUUUCUUCUCCCUUCUAUUCUGUCGGCUCUUCCCUCUCCAGCCGGACGGCGGUUCUGGUGAAAGAAGGCCAGCAAGUGGGGAUCUUUCCUGAAUCCGAAAGCUCUGAACUGGAGUUGGGAGUGUGAUCAUUGCCUGAUUGGGGACAUUAAGGUGGGGGUUGUUCGCAGUGAGCUCCGCGCCGGUCCCUGCUGUUCUUCCAGUCAAAUAUCUGUACCCUUUGAUGCUGAGAUCAAGGAACUAGGGAUACCCCUUAUCUCCAAGAUCCUCCUUAACCUUUCAAGGCUUCCUCAGAAUUUAGAUUCAUCAUACCAUGAUGACAGCUUGAUGUGGAUUUGGUCGGUCACCAGUCAGUUCUGCACAGCUUGAAAAAACAUUUAUACAAGCAGGGAUGGAUCUGCAUUUUGUGGGGAAAAUAAACAACAGGUAUAGCUGUGUAGAUGACCAAUUGCUGGUCUCUUCGUCGUAGUUUAUAUAACAUCGUUGAUGACAUUUUCAUCUGCAAUUGUAUUUUGCUGAAUUAAAGGACAGUGGAGCAUAUCUGACCUUCCUCAAGUGUCAGGGCCACAGGUGAGUUGGGGAGAGGCACGUCAAGAGCUGGUAUUGAAGGAGUGGGGGGCAAACGUUGAACAUAGUUUGGUGGCUGGUGGGUGUUUGGAAGGGGGAAGAAGGCUCUUGAUCCUCCAGAUUAUAAACAUGGGUUGGUUGAGUAAAAUAUUUAAAGGUUCAGUAAAUAGAGUUUCAAGAGGACAUUACAACGGGAACUCCCAUGAAGGCUAUUCCACUCAGCACACUAAAUCAUAUGGUACGCAUGACAAUGAGGAUGAAGACAUGGAUCAUGCUAUUGCAUUAUCCUUAUCAGAGGAAGAUCAAAGGAAGGGAAAGGCCAUUGAUACUGAGCACCACUUAGAUGAAGAUGAACAACUUGCACGGGCUCUGCAAGAAAAUGCUGGUCAUACUCUAGAUGAAGAUGAACAGCUUGCACGGGCUUUGCAAGAAAGUAUGAACGAUGGACCUCCUCCUCGUCGGCAUAUUCCGAUUGAAGAUGUUCACUCAGAAAGUGCUCCAGCAAGUAACUUGCCCCCAAAUGUUCCCCCCACAAGUGGAUUGAGGGUUUGUGCUGGAUGCAAAACUCCAAUUGGUCAUGGACGGUUUCUCAGUUGUAUGGACUCUGUUUGGCACCCCCAGUGCUUCAGGUGUCACGCUUGUGAUAGACCAAUAUCAGAGUACGAGUUUGCUGUUCAUGAAGACCAUGCGUACCACAGGUCCUGCUACAAGGAGCGUUUCCAUCCUAAAUGUGAUGUUUGCAAUAGCUUCAUUCCCACAAAUAAAAAUGGCCUCAUUGAGUACCGGGCCCAUCCUUUCUGGAUGCAGAAGUAUUGCCCUUCCCAUGAAAAUGAUGGUACACCUAGGUGCUGCAGUUGUGAGCGAAUGGAGCCAAAGCAUAGUCAAUAUAUAACAUUAGAUGACGGCCGGAGACUCUGCUUGGAGUGUCUGCAUACUGCAAUUAUGGACACCAACGAGUGUCAGCCACUAUACAUUGAUAUUCAAGAAUUCUACGAGGGUAUGAACAUGAAAGUAGAACAACAAGUUCCCUUGCUUUUGGUUGAGCGACAAGCUUUAAAUGAAGCUAUGGAAGCAGAGAAAAUGGGACACCACCUUCCUGAAACCAGAGGUCUCUGCCUAUCUGAAGAACAGAUUGUCAGAACUAUAUUAAAAAGGCCAAUAAUUGGACCAGACAACAAAAUCAUAGAUAUGAUCACAGGACCUUACAAACUCAUUCGACGAUGUGAAGUGACUGCAAUUCUUAUACUGUACGGGUUGCCAAGGCUGCUAACUGGCUCAAUUCUUGCUCAUGAGAUGAUGCAUGCCUACCUUCGACUUAAAGGAUACCGAACCCUGAGUCCAGAGGUUGAAGAAGGCAUCUGUCAGGUUCUAGCUCAUCUGUGGCUUGAGUCAGAAAUCACAUCAGGUUCCGCUAGCAUGGCAACCACCUCGGCAGGGUCAUCAUCCUCUUCAACAUCCUCCUCAUCAAAAAAAGGUGCAAAGACAGAAUUUGAAAAGAGACUUGGCGAGUUUUUCAAGCACCAGAUUGAGACAGAUUCUUCUGCGGCCUACGGAGAUGGGUUUCGAGCAGGCAUGCGAGCUGUUGAGCGGUACGGAUUGAGAAGUACCCUUGAUCAUAUCAAGCUGACGGGGUCUUUUCCGUACUAAAGCUGGGUUUUUCCCUCAAGUUCAAACAUGGUAUAGAUUUUUGAGAACUCUUGGUUCCAGUUACACAUACCUAAGGGUAUAUAGCAUCUACAGUACACGAAGUAUAGGCGAGAAGAGAAAUAAGGAUUUAGUUAUACGGUCCAUUAGAGAAACAAUAUUGUUUUCCUUUUAUACAAUUAUAAUUGCACAGUUCACGCAUGAAUUUAUGUGGUCUUUAGCUUGACCAGCCAUGUAAAAUGUUAUCACUUAAUGCAAAAGAAAGUCGAACAUAGUAUACAC